UCUAUGGCACCAUGCCUGAAACAUUUGCUGAGGGUAAUACGUUGAGGACUCUUGUCUUCAAUGGUAAUCAGUUAGAGGGGCUAUUACCAAAAUCUUUGGUCAACUGUAAAUAUUUGGAAGUUCUAGACAUAGGAAAUAACAAGAUAAAUGAUUCCUUCCCCUAUUGGCUGGAAGAUCUUCCAGUGUUACAAGUUCUUAUCUUGAGGUCCAACAAAUUUAAUGGUCAACUAGACAAUUUCAAGACCAAGUCAUCUUUCUCUUUGUUGCGAAUCAUUGACCUUUCUCAUAAUGAGUUUUCUGGAAGUUUACCUACGAAUUUCUUCAAGGGACUGAAGGCUAUAAAAACAACCAAAGAAAGUGAAGGCGAAGUGAAAUACAUGGAACAAGGCUAUUACCAAGACUCGGUUAUUGUAGCAAUGAAAGGGCAAAGCUUUGUGCUAGAGAGAAUUUUAACCAUCUUCACUACCAUAGAUCUAUCAAGUAACAAGUUCCAUGGAAAGAUUCCUGAAGUGAUUGGAAUGCUUAACUUUCUUCGAGGUCUUAACCUUUCCCAUAACAGACUAAUUGGCCAUAUACCAUCAUCUUUGGGCCUUUUGUCUGUACUUGAAUCCUUAGACCUCUCUUCAAAUAGGCUUAAUGGGGAGAUUCCAAUGCAACUUACAAGUUUAACAUUUCUGGCAGUGUUAAAUCUUUCGCAAAACCAACUUAUGGGACCCAUACCACAAGGCAAACAAUUUGGAACAUUUCAAAACAACUCAUAUGGUGGAAAUUUGGGUUUGUGUGGAUUUCCAUUGUCAAAGAAUUGUGGCAUCGAUGAGCGGCCACCACCACCAAUAUUCCAAGAGGACAACAAUCCAAUGUUUAUGAGUGGAUUUGGUUGGGAGGCUGUUUUAUUAGGGUAUGGAUGUGGAUUGGUUUUUGGAAUAGCUAUGGGGUAUUUCAUGUUUAAAAUUGGAAAACCUCAAUGCCUUCUAGGGUUAAUUGAAGAGAACCGGCCAAGAAAGUUGAAAAUGCCUAGCAACCAAAGAUCUAGAGGAAGCAGAAAUUACAGCAUUUAAGGGGUGCUCCAAGGGAGUGUGGAUUAUGAAGUCAAAGAAAAUUGUGAGCCUUAACGUGCGGAAGACCAUUAGGAACGGAGGCUGUCCAGGAGUGAAUCUUGUUUUUAUGUAUUAUUGUGCUACUGCUAUUUGCUUCUUUGUA